AUGGACCGUCACUGCUCAAACUACGCCGUCGUAUUGUUUGUAAUUCUGGUUUCCCUGAAUAUCCUCAACCCGGCAGCCGACGGGAGAGAGCUCCGGCCGUCGGAGCACGGCUUGGGGAAUCAGGACUCAUCCUCGGGCAACAAGUCGGAGAUUCUCACCUUCUUCGGUGGUUCGCCGGAGUCUUCGGAGCUGCCGGAGGCGAGGAAUUUUACGGCCUCUUUGUGGAACGGCGUCGGCGGCGGUGGCGGCAGAAGUAUUGGAGGGAGUUCACGUGAGGGGAAGAAGGAUGACGCGAUAAGAGAGGUGCUGUUUGUGGCCAGCAUGGUGUGUGGACUAACCGGCGUCGUUUUGGUCGUCGCCUCCGCGUUCCUUCUCGUUUUCCGGCUCCGGAAACGGAAAAGCGAGACGACGUCGUUGUCAGAAGCUAACGUCGCCCAGAAGUAA